AGUUACAAAGGUAGAUCAAUAUAUAGAAAGCAAAAUAUAAUAUAGAAUAAUUUCACAUUGAGUAUUGAAGGUAUAAUGGAGGGAAAAGAAAAUGAAGCACCAGCUAUCGGAAUAGACCUUGGAACAACAUACUCAUGUGUUGCAGUAUGGAAUCGUAAUCGAAUAGAAAUCAUAACAAAUGAUCAAGGCAACCGAACCACACCAUCGUGUGUUGCUUUUCUUGAUGAAGAUCGUCUCAUCGGUGAUGGUGCCAAGAACCAAGUAGCCAUGAGGCCUGCCAGCACCAUAUUUGAUGCAAAGAGAUUGAUUGGGAGGAAAUUUAGUGAUUCCAAGGUGAAGGAAGACAUGAAGUUAUGGUCUUUCAAGGUCAAAGAAGGGGCAGAUGACACACCAAAGAUUGUUGUCAUUUACAAAGGUCAAGAGAAGGAAUUCUUGGUUGAAGAAAUUUCAUCCAUGAUUCUUGGCAAGAUGAAAGAAACCGCUGAGGCUUACCUUGGAAAAGUUGUGAAAAAUGCUGUGAUAACUGUCCCGGCUUACUUUAAUGACUCCCAACGUCAAGCGACAAAGGAUGCAGGUACUAUUGCUGGCUUAAAUGUCAUACGCUUGAUCAACGAGCCCACAGCAGCUGCAAUUGCAUAUGGUCUAGACAAUAAGUCUGAUAUUAUUGACAAGAUUAUAAAUGUGCUCAUCUUUGAUUUGGGUGGGGGUACUUUUGAUGUCUCUUUGUUGACAAUUGAGAAAGGGGGUAUUUUUGAAGUGAAAGCUGUUUCUGGUGACACUCAUUUAGGAGGGGAGGAUUUUGAUAACAACAUGGUGGAUUACUGUAUCCGAGAAUUCAAAAGGAAAUGGAAAAAGGACUUGACAGGGAACAAAAGAGCACUCGGGAGGUUAAGGUUUGCUUGUGAAAAUGCAAAAAGAAUCCUCUCGAGUGCAACUCAGACAUCAAUCGAGUUGGAUUGCUUGCAUGAAGGGAUUGAUUUUUCAAUGAAAUUUACUCGAGCUAAAUUUGAAGAGGUCAAUAUGAGUUUGUUUGCUACGUGUAUCAAGACGCUAGAGAACUGUUUAAGCGAUGCAAAGAUGGAAAAGUCAUGGGUGGAUGAAAUUAUUCUUGUUGGUGGUUCGACAAGGAUACCUAAGAUCCAGACUAUGUUGCGCGAGUUUUUUGACUGGAAGGAGCUCUCCAUGAGCGUGAACCCUGAUGAGGCUGUUGCAUAUGGUGCAGCUGUUAUGGCAUCAAAGUUAAGCGGUAAUAAAGAAAAUAGUAGUGUUCAAGAUUUGGUAUUACUAGAUGUCACUCCUUUGUCACUUGGUAUAGAAAUAACUGGAAAAGUAAUGAGUGUUUUGAUACCACGAAACACUCCAAUCCCUACAAAGAAAACCAAUAGUUAUUGCACAGCUGACAAUCAACGUACCACACGUAUCAGCGUGUAUCAAGGUGAGAGACCAAGAUGUACGGAUAACCAUUUGUUGGGGGAGUUCACUGUUUCUGGAUUUCUAAGAACUCCAAAAGGAGUCCCGAAUCAUAAUGUAUGCUUUGAAAUAGAUGCCAACGGUAUCAUCACGGUCACUGCUGAAAUGUUAUUCACGGGUAAGACAGACACACUGACCAUAACAAAUGAAACUGGGAGGCUAUCCAAAGAAGAGAUCAAGAAGAUGGUAAAAGAUGCCGAAAGGUACAAACUCGAGGACCAAGAAUUCAAGAAGAAAGCGGAAGCAUUCAAUGCGUUAGAGGAUUUCAUAUACAAGAAGAAGAAUAAGCUUAAAGAAUAUGAAGUUCAAGCGAAGUUGGACUCCAAGAGUCUGGAGCACAUCGAGCGUGCUAUUGCUGAUGCGAUCGAGUGGAUUGAGGAUAAUCGAGCUGCAGCUGUUGACGAGAUUGACAGAAUGAUGGUAUUCCUAGAGUUUGUUUGCAAGCCACUUAUUUAGUUCAUCAAUUGUGUUAUUAUAUAUAUAUGGUCAUUCAACUCUGUUACUGUAUUAUUUAUUUCCAAGCUUGUGUUACAUUUUGUAUCUUGUUAGCAUCGAAACUGAAGGGUAAAAUGCAUUUAAAUUCUAUUCCUUGACAUA